UCAUCGUUUUGGUCUAGUAUUAAGACGUUGGACCUCAGUAGGAGAAAUAAAAAUCAGCAAAUUAGAUUUUUUUUUUACACAGUUACUGUUAUUGAUUGAUGCCGGUCAUUUACACUUUUUGAAUUUUUACCAUUAAAUUUUUUUUUUUGUUUGGUUUCCAGAUUUGAUUACAGAAAUAUUGUGAUGUAGCCUGUUUAAAUUUUUAAACGCGCGUGAAACUUUGUUUAGCUAAGAGCCAAGUUGCGGUGCUGUAUGUGGCCGAUUGAAAAUGCUAACAUUAUCGGGUAGGUAGGUUGCGAGCAAAAUAAUACGGUAAUAACCCGAUGCAAUACCCGGGACAGAAGAUAUAAUGUUUUCGCAGUUAAGUAUGAAUGGCAGCUCCAACGCGAGCGGCGACACCACUUCCACAAUUGAGCCAGAAUGGAGCGACAAGCCAGCAAACGCCUUGUCCAGGAGGGGGCACACCGUGGUGUCUGUGUUUUUGGGAUUGAUCAUGGUUCUUGGCUUUUUUAACAACCUCAUCGUCCUCAUCCUGUUCUGCAAGUUCAAGACUCUGAGGACUCCGGUGAAUAUGCUUCUUCUCAACAUCAGCAUCAGCGACAUGCUGGUCUGCAUAUUCGGCACCCCGUUGAGCUUCGCUUCCAGCCUCCGUGGACGGUGGCUGGUCGGGAGAUACGGGUGCAUGUGGUACGGCUUCAUAAACUCCUGUUUUGGAAUCGUGUCCCUGAUCUCUCUGGCCAUGCUGUCAUAUGACCGCUACAGCACAUUAACCGUGCACAGGAAGGGGGGUCUGCACUUCCGCAAGCCCCUUCUGGCAGUUGGAGGAUCCUGGCUGUACUCUCUACUUUGGACAGUUCCCCCCCUACUGGGCUGGAGUAGUUAUGGGUUGGAGGGAGCCGGGACGGGCUGCUCCGUGACCUGGACGGCUCGCACACUGCUUUCACACUCCUACAUCAUCUGCUUGUUUAUCUUCUGUCUGGUCCUGCCCGUGUCGCUCAUGGUCUACUGCUACAGUAGGUUGCUAUAUGUCAUCAGGCAGGCCGGAAAGACCCGGAAGACAGCAGCCCGGCGCAGACAGCUCCACAUCCUCUUCAUGGUGGUUGCUGCAGGGGCAUGCUACCUGCUCUGCUGGAUGCCUUACGGCAUCGUGGCGCUGACGGCCACCUUCGGACGGCCCGGCAUCAUCCCGCCCAUCGCCAGUGUGGUGCCCUCCAUUCUGGCUAAGAGCAGCACCGUCAUCAACCCCGUAAUCUACUUCCUUAUGAACAAGCAGUUUUACAGGUGUUUACUGAUCCUGUUCCGCUGUCAGGAGGGGGCGCCAGAGGACACCCGCACCUCUGUGGCAUGUAGGAACACAGCUGCUCACGACAAAACCAUGGUUGGCAUCAUGCAGCAUGCCGGGAACACCCCUGAGUCCCUUCACUCCCGUGUCUAAGAGCGGCGCCCCCUGCAGGGCAGCCCUAUACAUUCUUCCCCACAUUCCGGUAGAAUGUAUCCCUGUGGUGACUUCAUUUCAACAGAAAUCUCAUGUCUGGAUCAUCCUUGUCAUAAAGUAGAUGCGUGUGAGAUGGUGUCUGUAUUCAAAUGUUAUAAAGAAGAAAUUAAGCCUGUAUCUGUUGUGUUUAAUAAAUAGUGAUGAAACACAAA